GACUUUAACGUCACUAAAAGAAGAAGUUACGAAUUUAAAUACCGAAAUUCAAGAACUCAAACUGGUAAGAGAUCACUCCGUAUCAGCUCUAGAGGAAUACAAAGUGGGCUUAGCAUCACGCGAGGAGUUCUUCCAAAAAGAAAAGGAACAGCUUGAACUCAGAUUUAAAGACCUAGACAGUCAAAAUGCGCUAUUACUCGAUCAAAUUCAAUCCCUUAAUACGCAAAUCACCAUUAUGCAAACGCAAGCUACGGAACAGCAGAACCAAUCAAUCGGUAGUGCGGAUGUUAGCUUUAAUAGAUCCUUCACAGACGAGGACGUUAAGUCUUCCGAACAGCUUCUAAAAAUUAUCAAAUACUUACGCCAGGAAAAAGACAUUUCGGUUAGCAAAUGCGAGAUUCUAGAAGCGGAACUUUUACGUCUAAAAUCUCAGCACGACCUGAUUACGAAACAGCUCGAAGAUGCCAAGGCAAAUCUAGAGGCGGAAAGGCAGAAAUCCGAAGUAUCGAUGGUCACAGCAGCUAAACACUCCGAAGUGUUGCGUAAAGUGGAAACUCUUAACGCCAUCACAGAUAGUAACAGAACUCUUCGGCAGGAACGUGACGGCCUAUCGUCGCAAAUUAGCGAUCUCAAAGCGCGUACCGCCCUUUUGGAAGAUCAGGUCGCGCCACUUCAAGAGAAAAACAAGGACUUGAGUUUGAAGUUUGACGCGUUGCAUAGCGAAAAUGUUUCGUUGAGAGGCGAGGCCACGAGAUGGCGGCAGCGUGCCAAUAUGCUUAUAGAAAAAUCAAAUCGCACAAGUCCAGAAGAUUGGAAAAAGUUACAAAAUGAGCGUGAGAAUUUAGCUAAACAACUCGCGAUUGAAAAAGGUACCAGUACUAAGUUGGGCGACGAUUUGAAUAACGUACGACAUGAAAAAACCAAAUUAGAAGAGCAAUUGCGUAGCUUGCGGUCGCAAAACAAUCAAGUUAGUGAUGACCUUGAGAAAACACGCAGCGAUCUCGCCAAAGUUAGAGAGCAAGUGACCGAAUUAACUCAUUCUCUCGAUGAAACAAAGGAGAAUUACUCCAAACUUUUGGAGGAAAAAAAUAAAAUUGAAGCCGAUAUGACGAAUAAAGGUGAAGUAAUUGUAGAUUUGAAAAACAAUUUGUUGGCCGUAAGAAAAAUUGCGAAGAAGUAUAAGCAGCAGUGUGAAGAUCUCACUGGAACAAUGGACGCAUUGAAACAGGAGAACGAGGAACGAAACAAGAAUGAGGCGACGGCUGCCGAGAAACAACAACAGACUCUUGCGGAGGAACGUACCUUGAUGCAAGAACGUAUCUCUCUGCUGGAAGUUAAUCACAAUGAAAAAGUAGAACAAUUAACGCAACAAAUUUCAGCGGCAAAUGAAGAAAUAAGUAAUCACCAAAAGGAAAUUGAGUCCUUGAAGCAGUCUGCUGUCGAAAAGGACGAUAGGUUUAAGAGCAUAUUUAAAAAUGCCAAGGAACGUCUGAUAACAUUAACUGAAGAAAAUAACACUCUUCGUUCAGAACGUAGCCGCUCAUCUGAUGACUCGAGUGACAAGGGUAAAAAUAGUGAAGUGGAAAAGUUAAUGAAAGAGAAAGAAGAAAUAUUGCAGGAGAAACAGCUGGAAAAAGAUCGCCUUAUGAGCGAAAUAGAAACUUUAACGCAAAGGGUGAACCAAUUGCAGAGACAGUUGGGACAGCAAGGAUCUAAGCCGACCACUAGCUCGGGAACAUCGGAAAAAUCAACCAGCGAACCACCGACCGCCAACAUUAAACCAAUGGCCGGCCAUUCCACAAAUACUCAAACACAUUCGGUUCAAAUACAACCGUGGCGAAGUGGACCGGAAACUCCUCUUGCCAGUAUUAGGCCUAUGUCUAUGCAAGUUCGUACUGCAGCCGUUUUACCUACUAGCCAGGGUCCAUCAACUAGUCAAUCUCCGAGCGCGGUAAUGGUGCCGCCUCAACAACAGGUUCAUACCACCGGUCCGAGCAACAUCGAAUCCCUCUCUAGUAGUCCUACGAGUUCGCACACGGAGUACAUGCCCGCGACUAGCUCGGCUACGCCCACCGUAGUUACACCUCGACAACUUGCGGUACCGCCAACUCAAUCUACUCAAGAUGUAGAAGAUGAUGAUUCUACAUUGCAGCCCGUACUUCAGCAGCAAGCCGUGGCAUUGGUGUUACCAAGAGUUGAGCAACCAAGCAACGGGCCCGCGCAGGAAUUGGGCACGAGCAGUAGCAGCUCAAACACGGUAACAACAACUCAAGCGGGACUGAAACGGCCUAGAGAUGUAGACGCCGAGGCGUGUCAAAUUGACGAUCAGAGUAAACAACAGCAAAGCAAGCGAACGCGCAUUCAGCAAGGGUCGACUGAAACCAGUCAACAUCACGGUACCGUUACUGAUAGCGGUUUAGAAGUUGAGUAUCAAGUUCCCACAAGUAGCCAAAGAGAUCACGAGGAAGACCACGAUGCUGUGAUUGUAGUCGAUGAGAGCGAGGAUGAUGUGGAUGAUCCUGAUGAGGGUGAAGGUGACGACAAUGUCGGAGACGAUCCCGAUACUGAGGGUUACGAUAUGGAAUCGUAUCCAGAACAGGAGCUCAGUUAUGACGAUGCAGAUUGUCAGGAUAUGGAAGAAGUGGAGGGAGGAAAUGAGGUCGAAGUGGUGGAAGGUUCUAGUGAAGUUCCGAAUCAGAGUGAACGUUCUAUACAAGAGAACAGUUCUCAAGAGGAAUCCCUGGAGCAGCCACAAUCUGAAACCAUUAGUAGUGGAACAGAUGGUCUGUCCAACGUUACUGUAUCACAGGCAUCUCCUUCAGUUGCAGUCACCAUGCCCUCGUUUUCUCGAACUAGAUCAGUUGCUCCAUUGACAAGACAACAGCCACAAUCCCAUUUGUUACUGCAACAUGGGAUGGAUGAAGGGGGAGAUGACGGAAUAGUACCAUCAACACCAACAUUAUUCGUACCUCGUAGAUCUGACGGUUUUGGAGAAGCUGUUAGUUCUCCUCAUGUUCCGACCAGCGGUAGAUUUACUUUUAACGAAUCAGCUCCGUCAAACAAUUCUGGUUCAACCGAGGUAGUACCAGAACAAACCCUCGAAUUUUCUCAUGCCGAUGAUAAUAGUACUGGUCGGAGUGUUCCUAGCACGCCGCUUCAGACUUCACCUCAAGAAUCGGGGCCCGCCGGCGAGGAACACAGUUCCCAACAAAGCACUAGUUCUGAACCCGAAAUACCAGUCAUUACCGUAAGCGGAGUGAGUGACGAAGGUGAAUCCGAAGGAGGAAUGCCUGAAAGCAUGGGACCUCCGAGCACGGUUGGGGAAACUUCAGAGGCUUCCGAACAACGUGAGGACGUUCGUGAGAACGAGGAUGGGGUAACAUCCGAAGGAGAGAAACCGCCGAUUUCUGAAGAAAGUGAAGAAGAAGGGAGAGAAGCCGAAGCUUCGCCAAGCACAAAUACUCGAUCCCGUAGUAAUAACGUUCACAGGGGUGGCGGUGUUGCCAGACGUUCGGGAAAGUAUGGCAGUCCGAUGCAUGGAGGUAUUCCAAGGCCUAAUCCUACCCCUAUUGUUUGGGGGGAUCAACAUUCUGGUCGUCACCAAUUAGCUCCUAGAGGUCGGGGAAAUCAAGGAAAUUUCUCACGUGUCGCAAAGCGAGGUCGGGUCAGAGGAUCGUCGCGCCCAUACAAUCGCUUUUAACCACUUAAAUCAUUCCUCAUUUAGAUUUUACGUAUUUAAACUAUUUUGAACUAUAGUUUGCGUAGUUUUAAAGAAUAAAAUAAUUUUGUUCUAAGAAAGGACACCCAGACUGAGAAUUUUGCGAUGUUCGAGUAGGGUGCAUAACGUUGUCUAAAUUUCUUUUGAAAAAUAAUUGCACUCCAUGUGAAUAUAAAUACUGUUCCCUCGUAACAUUAAACUAUUUAUUAGUGAUACCAGAUUCUUUGGAAUAUAAACAUUCUCCAUCUUUGUAUUAAACCCUAGUUUUGUGAAAUUGAAUUAGGUUGCUUAGAAUUUCUGUGUUUUUUUUUAAAUAUAAGUUUCUUUACUUUUGA